AUUCACUUGGACGAACUCCUCGGCCAAUCCUAACCUUGAUACAAAAAAGGAGAGAGAAAUGUCUCGAGGCUCGAGUGCAGGGUUCGACCGACACAUCACCAUCUUCUCCCCCGAAGGGAGACUCUACCAAGUCGGUCGCUUUUGUAGAUCAUCCAACUGAUCCAGUCUCUUCUCAAAGUUUACUUGAUGUCACCUGAGCAACAACAGUUAGGAGACAGACCCCGAAGUGGCUCCAUGAGCAAUAAACAGUAAAGAUGGGAAUAUUGCCAGAAUAUGCUUUCAAGGCCAUAAACCAAGGUGGACUCACGUCGGUAGCGGUCAGGGGGAAGGACUGUGCGAUUGUCGUAACACAGAAAAAAGUACCGGACAAGCUCCUGGAUUCCGCCACAGUGACCCACCUUUUCAGAAUAACAGAUAACAUUGGAUGUGUAAUGUCUGGGAUGACGGCUGACAGCCGGUCCCAAGUGCAGCGAGCCCGCUAUGAGGCGGCCAACUGGCAGUACAAGUACGGUUACGAGAUUCCAGUGGACAUGCUGUGCAAGAGACUUGCAGACAUUUCACAAGUCUACACACAGAACGCUGAAAUGCGACCACUGGGCUGCUGUAUGAUCGUGAUCGGCAUGGACGAGGAGUACGGCCCCCAGGUGUACAAGUGCGACCCGGCGGGCUACUACUGCGGCUUCAAGGCCACCGCCGCCGGAGUCAAGCAGACGGAAGCCACCAGCUUCCUGGAGAAGAAAGUGAAAAAGAAACUGGAUUGGACCUUUGAACAAACUAUCGAGACGGCAAUAUCUUGUCUGUCAACUGUUCUCUGCAUUGACUUCAAGCCCUCUGAGCUCGAGGUGGGCGUCAUCACAACGCAGGACCCCAAGUUCAGGAUUCUGACGGAGUCAGAAGUGGACGUCCACCUGAUGGCCUUGGCAGAGCGGGACUGAGCGAGCAGAGACAUGUCACCUGUUGGAUUCAUUUAGAGCAUGAUGGGAUACGCAGUUCCCAGACAGAGACCGGUGUUAUCUUUGUUUGCUGUACAUUUACCCCGCUGUUUCAUUCAACAAUAAAAAAAAGUUUUUGGAGUAAAAUAA